AUGGAUCAGUUAAAUGCAUUAUCAGUGACCGAAUCAGUUGAUUGGAAAUGCAACCGUUGCUCCACAACGAAUGGUGGCAAACCGAAACGUAUUUCGGUCAUAUUACCGGACCAUGAAGAUGUAGAAUCAGAAACUGAUAUGGAAUGUGAUAGUCGUAAAGAUCAGGAUAAAUUCUUACAUGAAAUACGUAAAGAGGUACCGAACAAGAAUGGUGAGACCAGCGACGUAGUCCUCGGGUUUGACGACAUAGAUAGCUAUGUGAAGAGGAACACGCCGCACUUUGGUGGAGCUAUAGGGCGAUGUGCGAACAGAAUUGGUGGUGCUAGCUUCGAAAUUGACGGCGUGAAAUACCAGCUGGCUAAGAAUAUUGGGGAGGAUCAUUUACAUGGAGGCAUUAUAGGGUUUGAUCAGGUAAACUGGAAGUCCACAAUCGAUGGCAACAAAGUGGUGUUUAGUUAUUACUCGAAAGACGGCGAGGAAGGUUAUCCAGGAGAUUUAAUCACCAACAUUAUCUGUGAAGUGAAAGACGAUAACAGUCUCCACAUACAGUUCCUGGCCACUACUACCAAAAAGACCGUGGUGAAUCUGACCAAUCAUUCAUACUUCAAUUUGGCAGGGCAUGAGACCGGAUCAGAAGAAUUAUACAACCAUGUCGUUGAGAUGAACGCUGACAGGAUUACAGAGACGAAUAGUAACUCGAUACCCACUGGUGCUUUUGUGAAAGUGGGAGGCACUCCGUUCGACCUCCGUGUAGCGAAACGACUCGGUGAUGCCAUGAAGCAAAGUGACAAGCUCUACGAUGACAAUUUCUGCGUUUCUACCCAUGGAAACGAAAGCGUCAAUUUCGUUUCUCGAGUCGCUCAUCCCUCGUCUGGACGUUAUCUGGAGCUAUAUAGCAAUCAGCCAGGGGUCCAGCUCUACACUUCGAAUUUCCUGCCUGCUCCUUCAGAGCCGGCUCUCAUCGGCAAACACGGUAUUGGUUAUAGGAGACAUGGAGCCUUCUGUUUGGAGACACAGAAAUUUCCGGAUGGUGUACAUCACGAGCAUUUCCCGAGAGUUGUAUUGAAGCCUGGAGAAGUGUAUGACCACAAAGUGGUAUAUAUCUUUGGCGUACAAAAAAGCAGUGAACCGCUUGUUGUUACUGUCUAGAUCGUUUUAAAGGCUGAUGAGUUACACGUUGGUCCUUGCAUUAUUGCAGAAUUUUAAUUAACUAAUUUCUUCUGUUUGCUACACGACUGUCAAACGUUAAACGUGGCGAUAGUCGCCACAAUUUUAGGUUCCAAAAGUAAUUUGUUAGCUUUUAGAUGUGUAAUGUGUAAACAUACGCAUCUAUCAAACAUAUCUAUCAAUCGACUCUUUUCUAUGCAAUUUUUUUUUGUUAAACUUGUGACCAGAACAUUUUGUUAUACCUACAGAGUAUACAAGCAGCUUGAAGCAGCUUUUGUUCAGGCAAGAGCAAGUUUCGCUUGACACUUCUGACUUCGGAUCUUGCUUACUGCAAGUGGGCAAUGAUUUGAAUUUAAAUCUUAAGUAUCAAACUUAACGGGCUCUUGUAGCUGUACGAAUAAUUAUAAUUAUUACAACUCAUAGUCGAAAACUAUCAUAUCAUAAGUAUCGGAUUACCUUGUACCCGGAUACCCUUUACAUAUCAUUCUUUACAAAAAAGUUCUUAUUGCAAAAAUUAUUAUAUUAUUACAAAUGAAAUGCUCUGUCUUAGUUGUUUUUGAAACCGUUAAACAUGACAGUUGAAUAAAAGCGAUAUACAAAUGUUAGUAAACUUUAAGUAUUUCGACAUAAUCACCUUCAAGUUUUAUUAGAUUAUCAUACAGGUAAAAAAACAUUGUUUACUCGAGUUGGUUAAGAACUAAAACCCGGUACAAAACAAAAUUAUUUCAAAAAACUGGUUUACGACUCGCUGAAUUAGAUUCCUGAUUUCUGAAGAUUAUUUUAUUAAACAAAUUGUAUUGAAUUUAAUUAAACAA